UAAUAUAUAUUUGUAAAUUAUGCAUUCAAUAUAAAAUAGCUACCGAAAUAAAUAUUUCUCUAAAUAAAUAUUGUUAUUAGUAAAAUUUGAUCUCACGUAAGGAGAUUGAUAGAUAUCUUGCAUUAUAAUAAAAUAUUAUAUAUUUUGUAUGUUUAAUGAUCAUGUAUUUAAGAAUACUAAGUUGUUUCUGAAAAAUUAUUUACCAAUUCUUGAAAAUGGUUUCGUAAAAUGAAACUUUUACUCGAGGUAAUGCUUACUUGUGAUUGGUUGGCUGCAAAUGAUGCGCCAUAUUUUGAAUCUCUAAUGUCGAAAUGUAGCGCAGCUAACUUCAUUUUGCUUUACAGCUGGGCGCCAGCUGAUAGUAAAUCAGCGGAAAAGUCAAUAAUAAACGUACUGCUGCGCCUGUGCUUUUAAUAAAACGAUAACGUGAAUGCAGCGAAUAUUAUCUUUUAGCACUUUAACUACAAUUGUAUUCCUUCUAAUAAAAAGAAAUGGCAGUACAUAAUAUAGCUGUUAAAUUAUGUGGAAUAUUACAAGCACAAACAGAAGAAGAUAUAACAGCACGUGAGUGGCGAUUAGUAGGACAGGAACAAGAUGGAUCACAGAUGUUAACCUGGAAAUCUACUCACAAAAAUGGCGAUGAUGUUUUAAAUCUUGGAAUAUAUACUAAUAAGACUAAGACUUUAACUACCCUUCACACAUUCAGUGAGAAUUUGAAUAUAAUACAGGCAUCUGUUAACAGUACUCACAGUCUUUUGGUAUAUGUUGUUAAAGAACUUCCAACUGAAGAAAAUGAUGUCACAGAACCUCUUUAUUGUCCUUAUUUGAUUUGUCUUUUGGAAGAACAAGAUAAAACACCUGUAGAAGUGGAAGAGAAAUCAAAGAAACAGAUAAUGGUCCAAUAUGUUUAUGGCAAAAGUAAUAAGUACAGCCCUGGUAUUAGGAAUGAUCGUUUCCUGCUCUUCAAACAUCUAGAGUGUAUCAAGAUUUACAGAACACCUAUGUUCCUGAAUGAAUGUGAUGAUGGUUCAGAUAAAUGGGGUUUUGAUGGUAUCUACCCAGAACCUGAGACUAUUGUCAAAGUCUUUUCAUGGGCACAAUGGGAUUGUGUUAACCAGAUAUUAUACUAUAUUCAUCAUCGUCCGCCAACUCAAAGUUUUGCUGAAGGUGAAGAGGUGAAGUCUCCCACAGAAAUGACUCCAACUUUAUCCGCAUUACAGUUCCAUGCUGACUUGCCACAUGAGACUGUUCUUAACAUCCCUUUGAGUUUGCCGCACGUGCCGAGCACAAGCGACGGCGCGGCGUGUGGAGCGUACGAGGACGACCCUGUACCGCUCCGGGUGCAUGACUGCAGUAUUGACCUGCAGAUCCUGUGCGACCAGCGUGGUGUACUUUGUAUCUGCCACCACUAUCUCUACAAGCCUCUAGAUGAUUCUAUGACGUCACUGGUACUAGAAGACAGCGCCGACUUAAAGGACUCUGGUGUGAAUUUCGCAUAUUCUAUAACUUUGCUGCAGCAUGGCUGCGUAGUGCACAGUGUGGUGCCAGAUUUGCCGUGGGUUCGCGCCAAGUCUUUAAGACCUUCGUACACUUUGUAUGGAGAUAAUCAUCUCUUAGUCAAAAUUCCGAUGUUGUUCACACAUCUGAUCGACAUCAGUUUGUACCAUGAGCCGUGUUGUCACGUUGUUAUACCCCUGGAGGACAACGAGGAUGGUCCUAGCCUUGCCCCUCUAGUGGGUUGGGGUCCCCAUGUAAUGGUGGACUUGAAGACACUGGACGUAGUCACUAUGACAGUACAGGACAAGGACUUGGCUGCCACAUUUAAGAGUGGCACGGUUGUGGAGAAUAAAUUGGCAAUAAUACAUUAUCUCGUUUUACACGAAAGCAACAUGGAAUUGGCUGAGGAGUUGAUCUCGUGGAUGUGCGUGAACCAGCGCGACGGUCUGGGCGCGUUCCAGCGAGUGAUGCAGGAGUACCUGGUGGGGGCGACGUACGCGCUCACCAGGCGCUCGCUGCCGUCCUCCGCGCUCGCGCUCAUGCCGCUGCUGCCGCACACCUUACACGCGAGCUUCGCUGACGUUAAAGUGGGCGGCACCGUGGUGUCAGUGAGUCAGGAGCAGCUGUGGGGCGGUGCGGCCGUGGUACUGUCGCCGCGACAGCGCGUGUUGCAGUUCACCGAGGACGUGUGGACGCGCGUGUGGGCCGCGCUGCACGCCCAGCGACCCGACGUGCUCCACCCGCGGCAUGUGCUCGACAAACUGCGCGUCAGUCUGCACUGCUACCAGCCGGAAGCGCUAUCGCGUUGCAGUACGCCGCUGUCUCCUAGCGGCGGUGGGGGUAUAGUGGGCGCGGGCGCGAGUGCCGCGCGCCGCCCCUCCGCGGACUUGCCCUUCUACGAGCUCGACGUCUGCACCGCUAGCAAGCAGGAGCACAUCAUCGCGGCGAACUUGCGCGAGGUGAGCGUUCACCUAAUGCGGUCGGGCGGCGGGGGCGGCGGGGGCGGGGGCGGCGCGGGGGGCGGCGUGCACGCGGUGGCCACGCGCUGGGCGGCCGCGCAGCUGGACGCGUCGCGCGCGCUCUGUCGCGCGGCAACGAGGGCGGUCGCCGCCACCCCGCCCAACAACCACCAGAGGGGGUUCACGUUCAUAGAUGAGAUGGAGCCCACGCACGCUCUGAUCUUGUUCAAAGUGUUGGAGCAGUACUAUUUGGCGACGGAAUCUGUGGCGUAUCCCCUGCCCCAGGGCUUCAGUUCGUUCUUCACGUACCUCGGCUAUCGUACUCUGCCGUUCCACGCGUUCGUACAGCACGUGCAUAGGAACGUGUUCGAACUGCAGAUCGAUGUCAUGAAGGCGAUUAUUGCAAGUAAGGGGGAGGACGCGCGCGCGGUGAACAACAAGCUGCGCCUGAUCCAGCUGGUGGGGGAGGGGCGCGCGCGGCGGGCGCUGGCCGCGUGGCCGCACCGCGCCGCGCUGGUGCUGCGCGCGCGCGACCACGCGCACACGCUGCUCAGCGGCGCGCCCGCCGCGCGGCACGACCACGCGCGCCACCGCCCCGUGCGCGACACCGGUCAGUACCAGUGCUUUUUUUUUUUUUAAUUGCCCGACCUUACAUAUGUGACCGGGCUUCCUAGCUGCACCCCACUUUUUAGCAGGCCUUUAUUUUUCGAUAUUCUCUUUCAUUCCAGUUCUCGCUUUUUGUCACCCUCAGUACCAGUGUUGGAAUUUUACAUUUUAUCGGUUGAUAUUAAAAUAUAAGGGUAAAGUCUUAACCCUAUAAGGCCCUCAGUAAACACAUGUGGGACGACC